GCGGCCAGGAGGGGGCUCCCCGGCCUUGGGGUGCGCAGCAGGAGGGUGCUCCCUUGCCAGUGGUGGGCACAGAGCAGCAGUGCUCCCAGCCCAAACGUGUCCAGAGCCCUGCAGAGGGCCCCUGGCACUUAGAGACUGAUUCUGAAAUUUGUUGUCACGCCUGGGUUGGACUAGGUGAUUUCCUGCGGUUCCUUCCAGCCUUCCUUUUGUACGAUUCUGUGAGAGGCCAGUAUUUCUUAGUGGGAACAGACUGUGUCUCUAGGCUCACUAGCGUUCUCUGAGUGGGAGAGCCCCCAAGUCCGGAGUACCUGUACAUGGAAUAUGAAGAGGAUGAUGAUGUUUCCUUUGCAAAAUGGAUGAGCAGUUACUGGGGCCACAGCUUAAUUGAUGAGCAUGAGAAAGAGGGCAGAGGCUUUCGGAAACGUCAGUCCCGAGUGUUUAGUGAAAGGAGAGCUUCCCUUCCGGCCAAGCUUUCAUCUAUCCACAUGACGAGACUUCGUGAGUCAACAAAGGCCCCGUCCUCAAGUCACCUGAGAGGCUGCAAGGAAGUACGAGAAGACCAAGAUAUGAAAUGCCAUUGUCAUGUGAAGGAAUGCAGAAUGCCUUCCACGGAGGGCCCCUGCCCUGAGACAAGAGAACCACACAGUAGAACAAAUUCCAUCCAGGAACUUUCAGAAUCCUUUAAGAAACAACUGCAUUUCAAAAGCAAACGCUCAAUUUCUUUGCCACCUGAGGGCAUGAUGGAGAGAACAGAAAGAGAAAGACUAGGCAUACCCAAGAGCAGGUCUCGCAAGAAAAUGGGAGAAAGGAUGGAGCCAAAGAGAGGGAAGGAAGAAGAAAGCCCACAGGCCUCUGGUGGAAAACACAAUUAAUGGUCCCCAUCACAUGCAAGCAUUCAGAAGGGCUGUUUCUGCCUAAACGGUUACGGUGCAUUGGAGUUAAUACCUUUUUCAUUCUAACUACUUUUGUCAUUUUUUUGUACUAGAAAGAAGCUAGUUAGUUAAAGCAGACCCUAAGUUUUAAAAUAAAAUUAAUGUGAUGGGACCACUGACAUUCUGUUUCUACUGUCCUGCCUUUACAUUCACCAUUAGAAGUGUGAUGCAUGUUUCAGGGAGAGAUUGUGAAUAUAUGGAUCAAGAUCUAAGUGAGCACUGUAUGAUUUCAGUAAGUUUCAGCAUGGCAGCAGGAUGGCAGUGCACAAGCUCAUUUGGGAGAAGAAUACACUCAGGUUGUGGGCUGUGUUACACCCCAUAUCUUUUCACUGUUAUUAAGUGGAUAUUUUCUUUCUUUAAGAAUUCUUUCUCCACAAUUUAUUGAAGAAACAAAAUCAAAGGAAUUUAGAGUUUUAACUGAGUACACCAAUUGCUUUCUCUAAAUCCAGGCCUCAUUGAUCCACCAUACUACCCCACCUUUUAGUCUCCCUCAGCAUUACCCUCUACCUCCCCUCUUCUCUGUCAUCUCACAUCUCACCCAUAGCCCCACUGUCGAUUCCUCAACCCUUUCUGUUCCGACAUUCCUUUGACUGCUACCCUCACUGACCACCUCAGUUGUUCCCUCACUGGUUCUCUUGCCAGGUCCCAUUUACUGCCUCACAUUGCCAAUCCACAGUUUGUCUCUUUCUCCUAUUUUAAUCCUCAUUGCCUCACCUUUGCUGUUGCCUUUCUUAUGCCCUUUCUUAUUCCCUAUUCUUAUGCCUUUCUUAUGCCCAAAACUUAGUUAAUGGGGCCCUACAGUCUUUCUGGGUGCACUACCCAGGGGGUGAUCAAAAGAAGGCACUCCUCCUACUGCCCAACAAAGAAGGAACAUUAAGGCAAAA